GCUCUCUCUCUUUUUUGUCAGUUUCUCUCUGAAACAAAAACCCUCACUUUUCCUCUCUCCAAAACCGAGCGACCAAGAAACCGAAACGACUCGUUUCGUUCGAAGAAUCGCCAAGGAUUACCAUGGCCGUCGACAAGAAACGUCCGCUGCAGAGCAGCAACAACGUCAACAUGGCCCCACCACCACUGGCCACCACCGGAGGAGGAAAUGGACCAGCCAAAACCAUCGAGGAAAUGUACCAGAAGAAGAGCCAGCUGGAGCAUAUCCUGCUCCGACCCGAUACCUACAUCGGAUCCAUCGAGAAACACACCCAGACUCUCUGGGUCUACCAAAACGACGAGAUGGUCCACCGUUCCGUCACCUACGUCCCUGGUCUCUACAAGAUCUUCGACGAGAUCUUGGUCAACGCCGCCGAUAACAAGCAGAGAGAUCCUUCUAUGGACUCCCUCAAGGUCAUCAUCGACGUGGAGCAGAACUGUAUCAGCGUCUACAACAAUGGUGAUGGGGUUCCGGUGGAGAUCCACCAGGAGGAAAAGGUUUAUGUCCCGGAGUUGAUCUUCGGGCACCUUUUGACGAGUAGUAAUUACGAUGAUACGGUAAAGAAAACUACUGGUGGAAGGAAUGGGUACGGUGCGAAGCUCACGAAUAUUUUCUCGACGGAGUUUCUGAUCGAGACCGCUGAUGGAAAGCGCCAGAAGAAGUAUAAGCAGGUGUUCUCUGAUAACAUGGGGAAGAAAUCGGAGCCGGUGAUCACCAAGUGCAAGGAGGGUGAGAACUGGACCAAAGUGACGUUUAAGCCUGAUUUAGGGAAAUUUAACAUGACCCACCUUGAAGAUGAUGUGGUUGCUCUGAUGAAGAAGAGAGUGAUUGACAUGGCUGGAUGUCUUGGAAAGACUGUGAAGGUCGAACUGAAUGGACGUCGAGUGCCUGUUAAGACAUUUCUUGACUAUGUUGACCUUUACUUACAGUCUGCUCGUAAAUCUAGAGAUGUUACUCUCCCAAGGAUUACAGAGAGGGUUAAUGACAGAUGGGAGAUUUGUGUAAGUCUUAGUGAUGGGCAGUUUCAACAGGUUAGCUUUGUAAAUUCGAUUGCCACAAUUAAAGGUGGCACACAUGUUGACUACAUUACAAAUCAGAUCACAAACCAUGUUAUGAAUGUUGUGAAUAAGAAGAACAAGAAUGCCAACGUCAAAGCUCAUAAUGUGAAGAACUAUCUUUGGGUUUUUGUCAGUGCCCUUAUUGACAACCCUGCUUUUGAUUCUCAAACUAAAGAAACUCUGACUAUUCGCCCAAGCAGUUUUGGUUCGAAAUGUGAACUUCCACCAGAAUUCUUAAAGAAAGUUGCAAAGUCUGGAAUCGUGGAUAGUCUUCUAUCAUGGGCGAAUUUCAAGAAUAAUAAGGAUCUAAAGAAGACAGAUGGAACAAAAACAGAGAGGGUGCAUAAUAUCAAUAAGCUUGAGGAUGCCAAUGAAGCUGGGGGGAGGAAUUCUGAUAAAUGCACCUUGAUAUUGACAGAAGGAGAUUCAGCCAAGGCUCUUGCAAUGGCAGGGCUUUCUGUUGUGGGUCGAGACCGUUAUGGUGUUUUCCCAUUAAGAGGUAAAUUGCUCAAUGUAAGAGAAGCCAGCUCUAAUCAGGUAAGGGACAACGAGGAAAUCAAGAACAUCAAGAGAAUACUGGGGCUGCAGCAAGAUAAGGAAUACACCAACGUCAAGUCUUUGAGAUAUGGUCAUCUGAUGAUAAUGACCGAUCAGGAUCAUGAUGGGUCCCAUAUCAAGGGUCUGUUGAUCAAUUUCAUUCAUUCUUUCUGGCCAUCUCUACUAAAGGUUCCAUCCUUCUUAGUUGAGUUUAUAACACCUAUUGUGAAGGCAACUCACAAGAAUGGGAAAGAACUAGCAUUUUAUACCAUGCCACAGUAUGAGUCAUGGAGGGAAAGUUUGAGAGGAAAUGCUAGUGGAUGGUCCAUCAAGUACUAUAAGGGGUUGGGAACAAGCACAUCAAAGGAAGGAAGGGAGUAUUUCCAGAGUCUGGAUAAGCACAGGAAAGAUUUUCUUUGGGUAGAUGACCAGGAUGGGGCAGCAAUUGAGCUUGCAUUCAGUAAGAAGAAGAUAGAAGAGAGGAAAAAUUGGCUUCGGCAAUUUGAGCCUGGAACUCACCUUGAUCAGAAGGAGAAGCUAAUAAAAUACAGUGACUUUGUUCACAAGGAACUUAUAUUGUUUUCCGUGGCGGACCUGCAAAGAUCUAUCCCUUCAAUGGUUGAUGGUCUGAAGCCUGGUCAAAGGAAGAUUCUAUUCUGUUCUUUCAAAAGGAACUUUUUUAAAGAAGCAAAGGUCGCUCAGUUUUCUGGUUAUGUAUCUGAGCAUUCAGCAUACCACCAUGGAGAGCAAAGUCUUGCCAGUACCAUUAUUGGAAUGGCCCAGGAUUAUGUGGGUAGUAAUAACAUUAACCUUCUUCAACCAAAUGGCCAGUUCGGUACUCGUAACCUGGGUGGCAAAGAUCAUGCAAGUGCUCGUUACAUAUUUACUCGACUUUCACCAAUUACAAGGUUCCUUUUCCCAAAGGAUGAUGACAAGCUUCUUGACUACUUGAAUGAGGAUGGACAAACCAUUGAACCGACUUGGUAUGUGCCAAUUAUUCCAACGGUUCUUGUCAAUGGUAGUGAAGGUAUUGGGACAGGGUGGAGUUCAUACAUUCCUAAUUAUAACCCAAGAGACAUUGUUGCAAACAUAAGGCGUUUGCUUAAUGGUCAUUCAAUGGUUCCCAUGGAUCCAUGGUAUCGAGGAUUUAAAGGAACUAUCGAGAAAACUGUAAAGGAAGCUGGAGUAAGCUACACCAUAAGUGGAAUAUUGGAGGAAGUCAAUGAGACAACAAUCAGGAUAACUGAGCUGCCAAUUCGUAAGUGGACUCAAGAUUAUAAGGAAUUUCUUGAAUCUAUCUCUCAAGGGAACGACAAGGCCAAGGAUCCUUUUAUUGAGGGUUUUACACAGCAUAGUGAUCAUAUUACUGUAGAUAUCCUUGUCCACAUGCCAGAAGAGAACCUGGUGGCAGCCAAGCAAGAGGGUUUGCUAAAGAAAUUUAAACUGACAACUACAAUAAGCACAAGCAACAUGCACCUGUUUGAUGCAAAAGGCGUGAUUAAGAAAUAUGACACUCCAGAACAAAUUCUUGAGGAAUUUUUCCACCUAAGACUUGAAUUUUAUGAGAAAAGAAAGCAAGUACUACUCGAUAACCUUGAAAUGGAGUUGUUGAAAUUGGAAAACAAGGUUAGAUUCAUCCUUGGGGUUGUAAAUGGAGAGAUCAUUGUGAGCAAUAGGAAGAGAGCUGAUCUGUUCCUUGAGCUUCAACAGAAAGGUUUCACUCCUUUUCCAAAGAAAGCUAAAUCUGUUGAGCCAGAGGUUGCUGGAGCCACUGAUUAUACAGAAGAAACAGAAGAUAAUUCAAAUCCUGAUGGAGUUCGUAUUAGUGAUUAUGAGUAUCUACUGUCAAUGGCCAUUGGAACAUUGACCCUUGAAAAGGUUCAGGCUCUAUGUGCUGAAAGGGACAAGCUUAAUGGGGAGGUUGAUGAUCUGAGAAAAGCAACUCCAAAAUCACUGUGGGAGAAAGAUCUUGAUGCUCUUGACAAGGAAUUGGAUGAGCUAGACAAAAAUGAUGCUCAAGCAGAGGAUGCAAGAAAGAAACUGAAAAGCCAACUUAACCCCGCAGCCGUCACUAAAUUUGCUAAAGCUCCCAAAAACCCUCGCAAGUAUAAUAAGAAGGCCAACAAUGCAGAAGCUGUUGUAGAAAUGAUGGAGACAACUUCUAGUUCCACAAUGGAAAUGGAGAAAGCUCCUGAGGUAGUGAAACCAAAAGGCCGAGCUGUUUCAAGGAAAGCUCCUACUAAGAAGCAGGAAAAACCUGCAGUGAUUCUGGAUGAUGACGAUGAUGAUGAUGAAGUACUCGAACUGAAAGAACGACUUGCUGCCUACAAUCUCGAGUCAUCUCCUGAUCGACCAGCAGACAUGGAAAGUGAAGCACCACAAGUUCCGGUUCAGAAGAAAGAACCUACCAAAAGGGCUGCUGCACAAAAGAAAGCCUCGGUGAAUCUAACAACAAUUUCUGAUGAUGAAGAUGAGAACUUCGAUGAAGACUUCGAGCUAGAAACAGGAGCAGCAGCCAAGAAGAAGGGAGGAAGAAAAGCUGCUGCAAAUACCAAGGCAUCCAAGCCCAAUGCAGCAGCAGCAAAGAGAGGUGCAGCUAACAAGCAGCCUCGGACAUUGGGCCAGAGGCUUGUAACUGAGAUGUUAAAGCCUGCUGAAACUAGUGGAAUUUCACCAGAGAAGAAAGUGAGGAAGAUGAGGGCUUCCCCAUUCAACAAGAAAAGCAGUUCUAUGCUUGGCAGAGUUGCUAAUGAAGAUGACGAGGCAACAGGAAGUGAAGACAUGUCAGUAUCUCCUCCACCUACAUUUGAUGAUACUGAAGAAGGAAUGGAAGUCCCGGCAACAAGAGCUAGACCCCAGAGAGCUAACCGCACGCAGGCAAGGUAUGUAGUGAGUGACUCGGAGAGUGAGGUGGGUACUGAAGAUUCUGACUUCGAUGAAAAUGAGGAAUGAGAUUUGUUUAGUUUGGUUUGAGGCUGACGGAAAAUGAUGAGAUGGGAAAUGCGUGCUUAUUUAUUUCCCUUUAUAUAGAUUUAUCAUCAUGUUGUUGCUUAACUGAUUUUAGCUGUGGAAUUUGUACUGAUUUUAGCUCAUUUCCCUUUAAACUUCUGUCUUGUGUUCUUCUGGACACCGAUUCUGUUCUUUUUUCACUCUAAUUUUAUGAAACAAGAAUUCUUAAUUGGCAUCACAAA